ACCUUUUAAUUUCCCUAUUAAAUAAGAAAUUCCAAUAGAAUCUCCUUCUCAUUGCACAAAAUAUACUCCUAAACUUUUGUUACAUAGAGAAGAAAAUACUAGUAGAAAAUAAAAUAGUAGGGCAACUUUGAGAAAAACUUGAGAAACAUGGCUUUACGGUUGUUCGCUUCUAAGGCCGCCUCUCGACUUGGGAUCUCUGUUCUUCCUAGAGGAUAUGCUACUGUUAUUGGAGACUUGAAGUACACUGACUCUCACGAGUGGGUGAAAGUGGAGGGUAAUAUAGCUACAGUAGGCAUAACCGAUCACGCCCAAGAACAUUUGGGUGAUGUAGUGUAUGUUGAGUUGCCAGAAGAGGGAGCUGAUGUCUCUCACGGCACUGCAUUUGGUGCAGUUGAGAGUGUGAAGGCCUCUAGUGACAUUAAUUCUCCAAUUACCGGGAAAGUGACGCAAGUUAAUAACGAACUCAGCGACUCCCCUGCAUUGGUAAACUCUAGCCCUUUUGAGAAGGGGUGGAUCAUAAAGGUGGAAUUGAGCAAUUCAGGUGACAUCAACUCCUUGAUGGAUGCUGAUAAAUACAGCAAAUUCUGUGAGGAGGAAGAUGCCAAGCAUUAAGGUAGACAUCAUCCAAAGUCCAAGCAUAGUUUUGAAUGCUUGCUUUACUAUGGAAACAAGUAUAUUUGUUAUUGCUCUUAUCAAGCUUUUAGGGAAAGAAGCUCCACAGCACAACCCAACCGCAACCCCAGCCCAGCCCCAGCCCCAGCCCCGGAAACGGAUAUUGGAAAAAAUAAAAAAAAAUGUAGGUAAUAAAAAAGAUUGUAGGUUUUUCCUUCAUGUAUUUGAGGUGAUCUUAUUCUUUUAGUUAGUGUUUGUUGAACUCAGAUGAAUGGAUUUUCGCAAGAAUAAUUGACCUUCGAUUUUCAA